AUGCCGGCUUUGUGCUGGACUUACGAUGGCAGGCAGCCCAUGACAGCUAUUGUGGACACAGCGAUCAUCAAAGCCAUCCUGGUGAAAGACUCUCGUGGCCUCUUUACCAAUCGCAGGGACUUUGGUCUCAACGGUGUCCUGGGCUGUGCCAUUACAAGAGCUAGAGAUGAGCAGGGGAAGAGGAUUUGCACUGCGGUCUUUCUGACAUUCACCAGCAGGAGGCGAAAGUGGAUAUUACCCAUCAUUAAUUGCUAUGCAGAGACAUUAAUGAAAAUGGUGCAGAAGAAAGUGGCUAAUGAGGAGUCCAUGGACAUGAAGAACAUCUUUGGAGCCUACAUCGGGGCCUUCAUCUUUGCUUUUGCUGGUUAUGAGACCACCCUCAAAUUCCUCUCCUCUAACUUGGCAACUCACCCUGCUGUGCAGCAGCAACUGCAGGAAGAGAUCGAUGCUGCUCUUCCCAACAAGGCCAUAUCCACCUACAAGGCUGUCGUGCAGAUGGAGUAUCUUGAUAUGGUGGUGAAUGAAUCAAUCAAACUCUUCCCCCCAUCUGGGUGGCUGGAGACAGCCUGCAAGAAAACCAUUGUGACAAAUGGAGCGACCUUGCCAAAAGGGACUGUCACCAUGAUCCAAGCCUACAUGCUGCAUCAUGAUCCCAGCUCUGGCCAGAGCCCGAGGAGUUCAGGCCUGAGAGUUGACUCCAUGAACAACCCAAAGGACCCUUUUGUUGCCUACAUCAAGAAGUAUCUCGAGUUCAAAUUCUUAAACCCAGUGCUCAUGUUAGUAGUGGUGUUCCCCUUUCUGACCCCUGUUCUGAAGAAAAUGAAUGUGACUGUGAUGCCCACAGGAUUCAUGGACUUCUUCUUCAAUGUCCUCAGGAAUAUAAAGGAGGAACGGCAAAAGAACAGAAACACGGAGCGGGUGGAUUUCUUGCAGCUGAUGCUUGAUGCACAGAACCCAGAUGACCGCUCCAGACCGAAAGAGGAGAAGCACGCAUAUAAAACACUGACAGACACUGAGAUUCUGGCACAGGCUCUCGUCUUUAUACUUGCUGGUUAUGAGACCACCAGUUCCACUCUCAGCUUCAUCUCCUAUAACCUGGCCACUCACCCUGAUGUGCAGCAGCGGCUGCAUGAAGAGAUUGAUGCUGCUCUCCCCAACAGGGCCAGUCCCGCCUAUGAGGCCGUGAUGCAGAUGGAGUAUCUUGAUAUGGUGGUGAAUGAAACACUCAGACUCUUCCCCCCCGGCGGGCGGAUUGAACGUGUCUGCAAGGAGACCACUGAGAUAAACGGAGUGACCAUUCCAAAAGGGACUCUCACCGUGAUCCCAAGCUACGUGCUGCAUCGUGAUCCAGAGCACUGGCCAGAGCCAGAGGAGUUCAGGCCCGAGAGGUUCAGUAAAGAGAACAGAGACAGCAUGGACCCCUAUAUCUUCCUGCCCUUUGGAGCCGGUCCAAGGAAUUGCAUUGGAAUGAGGUUUGCUCUCCUCAGCCUGAAAAUGGCCUUAGUUGUCCUCUUGCAAAGAUUUUCCUUCAGGACCUGCAAAGACACCCCGGUCCCUCUAGUGCUGGACUCAAAGGGUUUCAUGCAACCCAAGAAGCCCAUCAUACUGAAGAUGGUCCCCAGAACCCACAUGCAGCCAGAGGAGUAGAAGAGAUUGCAGCAGAGCCUUCUGUCUGAUGUUCCUUCCACCUGCUCCUGUUGCAUGAGAAGAGGCAAUGUAAAACUACGAGAUGCAUUGGUGCAAGCACCCUUUUUGAGCCGAGCCUUGUGCCUUCACAAAGGGGUGGCGCUAAUUCCACUGAUCUGGAGAAGCACUGAGCACCCUUUGUGUCAUGACUACCACCCUUUCAGCUAAGCAGAGGUCAGGAUACCUCUGAGAGCUUUAAAAUACAUUUAACAGAUUAAACUCCUCUCAACGCCUUUAAUCAGACGUUGGCAGUCUCUUUUGGAAGUGUAAUGUAAAUCAAGGUAGGGAGGCAAACUGCCCACAUGCAAACUACCCAUUUUAUUCCCAUUCUUACUGCUUCAUAGGAUGAACCUAUCUGUCUUUUGCUUCUAUAUGCACAGGGAUGUGCUAUUAGCUGUGGCUUUUUUCCUGGGCCAUGUGAUGUUUCACUGUUGUGACCUUGUAAGUGGUAGUCAUUAUGGCGUUGCAGGAAAUAAUAUCCAUGGCCAGUGUCUGGAAUAGACUUGCACUGCCUUACACAGAUCUCUUCUGAUUUGAUGUGCUUUUUAUGAAUGACUUGGUCAUGAUUCAGAUGGCUGGGGAGUUGAGCGGAGCAGCCUAGGGGUAAGCAAUUCCCAUUAACGAUCCGUGAUUUGGGGAGUGGGAGUGAAGCGUACUGCAGGUUCUCUUUGAUUGCUUGCUUAUUUUAUCUCAUUGGGCCUCCAAUGGUUUCUUAGGGAGGGAUGAUUUUUGCAUAGAUAUCAGUCUGGGUAUGGGGCUAUUUCAUUUUUUUUUUUCUGUUUCAUUCUAUUCUGUAAACUUGACUAGGAGAUUUAAACCAGGAAAAAGGAUAGUGCUUUGGCAAGGUGCAGGGCUGUGAAAGCCAUGACCUGACAAAGAAUGUUGUACCUUUAAAAGCUUGUCUAACUC